AUGUCACUGGGAGUGGCUCACUGGCUGGUGGCAGCCCCGCGCGGGGCUCUCGGGCCUGGGCAGCUUACGUGGAAGGUCGGAAGCGGCCUGGGACAGGGCCUGGUCCCUACGGGGUCGCUCAUUGCUACCCGCAGUGGGACCAUUUUGCCCAAGCUGGCUAAAAUGUCCUUCGACCUUCUCUGGGCCUUUUCCAUUGUCAUUCCCUUUUUGUACGUGGGGAUGCUUAUCAGCCAGAAUUUUGCUGCCCUCUUGGAAGAGCACGAUAUUUUUGUCCCAGAGGAUGACAACGAUGAUGAUUAG